AUGGUUUCAUUUGUUACAACUAGGCUUAAAAGUAAAAGGAUUGAUCCUGAAGUAGAGCCUGAUCCUCUAGUCUAUGUACUUAGGGAACAAAGUGAACUUCACAGACAGAGGACCCUCAACAUGAUUUACAACUCCACUGAUGUAGAGUGCAUUUCCAUGCUUAGGAUGAAGAGAGCCCCUUUUUUUGCUUUAUGCACGACCUUUAGAGAGAGGGGACUGGUAACUGAUAGGGAGGGGGUGUCAGUAGAGGAGCAAGUUGCCAUGUUCCUGCAUGUUGUUGGUCACAACCAAAGGUUUAGAGUUGUGCACCAGGCCUUUAGGAGGUCCAUUCAGACAGUACACAAGCACUUUCAUCAGGUUUUGUAUGCUGUUGGAGAGCUUAGGAAGGAACUUAUCAAGGCACCUAGCCCUACCACUCACCCAAAGAUCACUGGAAGCUAUAGAUGGAAUCCAUAUUUAAAGGACUGCAUUGGUGCCAUUGAUGGCACCCAUGUGCUGGCAAGGGUGCCUAGACACAUGCAGCAAGCUUUCAGGGGUAGGAAAACUAACCCGACACAAAAUGUGAUGGUUGUUGUGGACUUUGACCUCAAGUUCACAUAUGUUCUAGCUGGCUGGGAGGGGUCUGCCCAUGAUGCACUUAUCCUGGCUGAUGCCAUUGAGAGGGAUGAUGGGUUCACUGUCCCACAAGGUAAAUUCUACUUGGUAGAUGCGGGGUAUGCAUGCCGCACUGGCUUUCUACCCCCCUUCAGGGGGGUUAGGUACCAUUUGAGUGAGUUUGGGAGCAAAAAUCGACCUACCAAUGCAAGAGAACUGUUCAACCUGAGACACUGUCUAAUUUACCUAGGAGGGUGGCUAACAAUAGGUAACAUUUGGGUGGACACCAUUUGA